AUGUCCUACUCGGCGUCCCCGACUAAUCGAGGCCUGUUAUUUGGCUGGGUCAAGAGUUUGAAACGCGGCACUCUUCUGAACGACUCUGUCAACGAGUACCUGGACUCGGACGUGCUCUCUGGAGAGUCCAAGUCGCCGACACGAUCGGUAGCGUCACAUGCUCAGAAUCAGCAGCAGCAGAGCCAGGCUCAACAAAUGCAUCUACUGCUGCUGCUGCACCACUUUAAUUUGGGGUUCCACCAUCUGCCUCAGCAUCACCAACAGCAAGCCCACCAGAGUCACUCGAACCAGAAUAUUCACCAUCUGAGCUCUCCAACGUCUCCACCGCAGAAUGUUAUUCCCUUCCCGCACCACCACCAGCUGCCGUCGUCGCUGGAUUUCUUGAGACCCUUGUUGCAUCAUAAACUGCGCUCCACCAACAACGUCAACAGAGUGCGUUCCAAUCUGAAUCUGACAAACCCAGCGCUGCUGUUUGCGAACUCGGACUUGCGCCAGCACAGGGAUAGCUUUUUGCAAAGUAACCUGUUGGUUGAUGAGAAUAGCAAGUACUUUGGCGUACCUUUGGCCGAUGCCAUUUCGCAGGCGCUGGCAAAGAUUUCUAUCUUGGGCGCCACAACUUCCUCUAAACUGUCUGCUGACGAUGUGCUCCAUUAUGGGCGCAUCCCUGUGGUUGUUGCCAAAUGUGGUGUCUACCUUAAGAAGAAUGGUCUCACUGUCGAGGGCAUUUUCCGUGUGGGUGGUGCCUCAAAACGUAUCAAGGAGCUCCAGAUCAUUUUCAAUUCCCCUCCUGAAUUCGGUAAAAAACUCAACUGGGAAGGUUACACAGUCCACGACGCAGCCUCCGUACUCAGGCGCUACCUUAAUGCUCUUCCUGAGCCUCUUAUUCCCUUACAUCUUUAUGAAGAGUUUAGAGACCCUCUCAAAGCUCGUCCUAGAAUCAUCAAGUACAUGAGAUACAAGGCCAACAACCCUCUGAAGGUUGGCACUUCGCAAGCAGCCGCUCCUUCUAGAGGAAGCGGUGAUGUGCAGCAGCCUCCAAAGAUUGCUUCCGAGGUAGCUAACCAGAUGGAAUCACUGAGUGAAGCUCUUCAAAUUGACGAGGAUAAAGAAGAGAAGAUUCAUGAGGCUGGUGCAGUGCCAACAUCGAAAUCUUCCGAGGGUUCUCCAUCAGCACAAUCCAAGGCUCAGCGGAAGGCAAGAAACUAUAAGAAACUCACUCGUGACGUGUACGAGGCCAUUGACGAGUACAAGAUGCUACUUGAUGAUCUACCCCAGCUACUGAAGCAAUUGCUUUUCUAUAUCUUGGACUUGCUCGCCAUGGUGCUGAGCAAUUCCCACCAGAAUCUCAUGCUGCCGAGAAACUUGGCUGCCAUAUUUCAGCCGUCCAUCCUUUCCCAUCCUAAUCAUGAUAUGGAUCCUGAAGAGUACGCGUUGUCGCAAUCUGUGGUCGAGUUCCUUAUACAAUACGCGUACAAACUAUUGCCGAACCAUGAUCAGCCUUCUCCAGAACCGGCUACUCCUAUAGAUACACCACAGCCAAAGGAAACGAAACCUAGUGAAGGUACAUUGCCUGAUCGCAUGAAAUCGUCAUAUUCCCAUCUUGAUCCACGCACUACGGGCAGACAGCACAGUCAAUCUCUCCUGUCGCCCAAUCCCGAUGAUUUGGACCUAAUUGGGUUCCGCAACUCCAAAGUUCCCAAUAGAGGAGUUGCUCUCUCAGACACAGAACAUGAUUUUGCUUCUGGAAGCAGCGAGGACGAUUGCGUUUCUGAGACAGGCCAGGGCCUCCCUAGGCGGUCAGACCCACUUAAUCUUCUCUACGUUGUUAACGCAGACAACACUAACGAUGAUGGGGCUAGUGGCAAUGGAGGCUACACUUCACGCGGGUCGUCGAAAUUGUCGCCUCCCAUUAUUGUAUCUGAGGCGCAUAAUGGCUAG